CUGGAUCCAACCUGCAUGAAAGCGUUUGCUCCGCCCACAGAGGGUUGGCUGAGCCCUGACCCACAGGUAAACAGAUCGGCAAUUGCGCUCGGGAGGGAGAGUCCCACUGACAGCCCGAUGAGAGCUUGCUGUUGGGACCAGGUGAGGCCACUCAAGCCUGCUCAAAUCCCAGCAUCAAGGUUUUACCUGCAGCGCCCGCAGCAAUCUGUGUUAAUUAAGCCAAAUCAAGUGCCAGCCGCCUCAGCCCGGGAACCCAUGGGUCCACGUGCCAGCAGCAGCUGCCUGCUGCUCUCUCUUCAUGGUCAUGAUUUUUUAAUAUUUCAGGGUUUUGGUAUUGCGAUGCUCAGGGUUACUCCUGGCAGUGCUCGAAGGACCAUAUGGGAUGCCAGGAAUUGAACCCGGGUCAGCCACGUACAAGGCAAAUGUCUAAACACACACACCCCCCACCCCGUACCAUUAUUGCUCUGGCCUUAUACAUGCUUUUUAACUUUCUGGGACAGGAAGGGUGCACAGGGGUCCUGGCGGGGCUUGAAGGGACCAAAUGGGUGCCAGGGAUUGAACCUGGGUCAACUGCAAGAACCCUACCCAACAUAUCUCUUUGGCCCCAUAUGUUCGUGUCUUUUUUUUUUUUAAGUUCUGUUUCUUUUACUAGGGAAAACGUGUGAUUACAGAAACCUAGAGAAAGUUAGCCUCACCGGAGGUGCCCGCUGUUGGCAUCCUUCUAAUCUUUCAUGGUGUUUGGUUCCCCGCCUCCCCCCACCCGCCCAUCAUAAGCAACACGCCUAUAAACCGUGAGUAUAAAUACUAGUUGCUGUUUUUAUUUCCUUAAGAUAACUCAUCGAAAAUAAUUAUUAAAUCGGAUAGUUUACAUCCAUUCUCAAGGCUUCUCCCUCGUCUUGCCCGUCAGCCCCCAGGAAAGAAUGCGCCCUUUAUACGCGCAGUCCGCGGCUUCUUUCCCAGCUAGCAGGGAUUGCCCGAGGUCGGAGAUCCGUCCGUGUCCCAGGCCAGAGAGGGACGCUUCAGCUGUGCCCUGCGUCUCAGGGUGGAGGCCGGGACACCGGGUGGGCGCAGCCCUGCCUGGCGCUGCGGGCGGCUGCAGGGGGACCUGGCCUGGGAAAUGGUUCGCGUUUGACAUCCCUUCGCUUCCCCGAGGAUGGCCCAGAGCGAAGACGCACCAGAAGAUUCCGUUCCCCUCACAAGGGCCUUUUGUGCGCCCUGGGCGUCCCUCCCCCGCCCGGGGCCCGGAGGGGGAGACUGCAUUCUCGGGUGCACCGCGGUGAGGCGAGGGCUGGCGCUGCGGGCGUCCCUGGACCUCCGGGGCCAAACAGUGCUCCUCGGGCAGCCCCGGGCCCCAGCUGGGCGCCCCUCGCCCACAUCCCGGUGAUGCCCAGGCGCGGCCCCCCGGUCGCGGUGGGGCGGGUGGCGGGAGUCCGCCCGGGUCCAACCGGCUCCUUCCUUCCUCCCCCGCCGCUCCCCCGCGCCCGGGCCCGCGGCCACGUCUGAAAGCGCCUCAUUGUGCGCGCGCCGGCCCCGCAGAUGCCGCCAACCCCGGGCGCCCGUCACUAGCCGCCGAGCGCCGGGGACCCCAAGCGCGCACGGACAGGGCGCCAGGCUUCGGGCCCCGCCGACGGCAUGUGGCUGCCGCGUGUCUCCAGCACGGCGGUGACGGCGCUCCUGCUGGCGCAGACGGUCCUCCUGCUCUUCCUGGUGUCGCAGCCGCGCUCCCCCGCACCCGCGGGCGGCCCGCGGCGCGUGCACGUGCUGGUGCUGUCAUCGUGGCGCUCGGGCUCGUCGUUCGUGGGCCAGCUCUUCAGCCAGCACCCCGACGUCUUCUACCUGAUGGAGCCUGCAUGGCACGUGUGGGCCACCCUGCCGCAGGGCAGCGCGCCCGCGCUGCACAUGGCCGUGCGCGACCUGGUGCGCUCCGUGUUCCUGUGCGACCUGGACGUGUUCGACGCCUACCUGCCGUGGCGCCGUAACCUGUCGGACCUGUUCCAGUGGGCCGUGAGCCGCGCGCUGUGCUCGCCGCCCGCCUGCAGCGCCUUCCCGCGCGGCGCCCUGAGCAGCGAGGCCGUGUGCAAGCCGCUGUGCGCGCGACAGCCGUUCGGCGGGGCGCAGGCCGCCUGCCGCUCCUACAGCCACGUGGUGCUCAAGGAGGUGCGCUUCUUCAACCUGCAGGUGCUCUACCCGCUGCUCAGCGACCCCGCGCUCAACCUGCGCAUCGUGCACCUGGUGCGCGACCCUCGCGCCGUGCUGCGCUCCCGCGAGCAGACGGCCAAGGCGCUGGCACGCGACAACGGCAUCGUGCUGGGCACCAAUGGCACGUGGGUGGAAGCCGACCCGGGCCUGCGCGUGGUGCGCGAGGUGUGCCGCAGCCACGUGCGCAUCGCCGAGGCGGCCACGCGCAAGCCGCCGCCCUUCCUGCGUGGCCGCUACCGCCUGGUGCGCUUCGAGGACCUGGCGCGGGCCCCACUGCCCGAGAUCCGGGCGCUCUACGCCUUCGCCGGCCUCAGCCUCACGCCGCAGCUCGAGACCUGGAUCGACAACAUCACGCACGGCGCGGGGCCCGGCGCGCGCCACGACGCCUUCAAGACCACGUCCCGGGACGCGCUCAACGUCUCGCAGGCCUGGCGCCACGCGCUGCCCUUCGCCAAGAUCCGCCGGGUGCAGGAACUGUGCGCCGGGGCGCUGCAGCUGCUGGGCUACCGGCCCGUGUUCUCCGAAGAGGAGCAGCGCAACCUCGCCCUGGACCUGCUGGUUCCCCGGGGCCCCAGCAGCUUCAGCUGGGCCUCCUCCACCGACCCCGGGCCCUAGCGAGGCCCUGGGGGGUCCUCCGGGCUCACCUGGCCCGGGAACUUGGUGUGUGGUAGGGCGGGGAGGGAGCCAGGGCACCCGGGGUGCGGGUCACUCCUGGAGGGCCCCGGAGGGAGGGGUCCCCCCACCCAUGGGGGCAGGAAGGGGCUCAAGGCCCGGGGCCCUGGCGUCUUGCUUCGGUUUUUGACCUUGCUCUGAGCCCUCUUGCCUCUUUCCUCCAAAAGUCUUUUGCGUUUCCUCUGAGCUGAACCCGCAUCUCCUGGAGGGUGGCACUCAGUCCUCCCCUUCUGGGGGUAGAGAAGGCCUUGGGGGGGCCGCAUCUGCUCACCGGUGCUCUUUCCUCUCACUGCUUCCUGGAGAGGUGUGGCCCGGCCUGGUUCGAGAGGUACUGGCUGACCCCUGACUCUGCACCUCCCCUGCACAGCCUCCCUCCGUCAAAGCUGCUUGCAGUUACAUCUACUUGUAUCUUCAUCAAGAAAUCAGACAGCCCGCUGGGGAGAUGGCACGGGGCUAGAGCGUGAGCUUGGCUGUGUUUGACGUGUGUGAGGCAAGGGUUUGAUCCCCAGCACUUCGGAGGAGAAAAAAAUUAAACCAGACAAUAGGGGUGGGAGUGUGCAUGUAGGUCAGCUUGGUGCCUCAUGCCCUGGGUGAGAUCCCACCCACCCUCCCCAAACCAAACCAAACCAAAUCAGAUGCCUUCUAUCUUGUGCUCUCCCCCCCCAUGCCCUCCCUCCCCCGCUUCUCUCUACCACCCCCCACUCCCAGGAGACUCCACCCACCUGCAUACCUGCCCGGGUAGGGUGAACGAUGAUGUGUCCACAGCAAAUAUCCUUCUCUAUGAAUAAACAUGACCGUUUGCCUAGGUGGCACAGCCAGGAGUAGGGCAGGAGAAUGCAACCCGCUGGGGGAGGCCUGGGUUGGAUUCUUGGCAUGGCACGGACUCCUGAGCACUGCCGGGUGUGGUCCCCAAACAAAACAAGAGUUUACAGCCAGUAGUGUUUGACAAGUAAAAAACAGGCGAAGGGGCUUGUCUAGGUCACGGGAUGGGGAGCUUUUGGGUCAGGGCCACAGAGGGAGUGCUGGGCUUCUAGAAAGGGCUUGUUGCGCCUUCUGCAUUUAAAAGGUUUGAUUUUCCCACUGAUUUGCUUUACACACAGGGGGGCGGUGGAGGUAGAGGCAGCUACAGGAUAAGAAAAUGGUGAGCUCUGGGCGAAACUGAACGGCCUCCUGGACAGCAAGCCUGCAAGCCAGAUGGAGGCCUGGCUUAGCAGCAGGGUGUUCGGGGAUGAGUGUAAUUGGAUCAGGCCCCCCAGGAGCGCUCAGAAGGAAGGGGGGUGGGGCUCUGCCUUGCCUGGGUCCCUUCAGGCUGAGUCCCUGGAGGGCCCAUGGAGUUUUGGCUGUUGCUAUCUGCACCACCUGGCCCUGGCCGCAGAAGCUUCGUCCUGCGCUCGGAGAGCUAGAAAGGAAAAGAGGAAGCUCAGGCAGGGAAGCGGACCCAAGUCCCGGCAGGCAGAACAUCCCCGAGGCGAGUAGGGACUGGCGCAGGUCCCCAGAAACGCUUGUGCCAGUUACUGGGAAGCUGGAGCAGCGCCCCCUAGUGCUCAGUCCGUGGCAGGGAUCCCAGGGGGGUCUCUGCCAGCCGGCGGCUGCAGCUUACUGGGACCUGCAUCUCGACCAAGGCGGGCUCCCUGGCAUGUUUCACUGCUGUUCUUGCCGGGACUAAAAGAAGAAUGUGCUGCAGUUUCCAGCCCCAUCACACCUCCAUCUCGGGGCCAGGGAGCUGGCUCAAAGGGAUGGGAUAUGUGUGCGCGGGGGCCUGGAUCUCAUCUCGGACAAUACAUGGUUCUCCAAGCACUGAGCCUGGAGUCCCCCUCUGAGCAAUGACAUGGUGCGGCCCCCAAACCUGAAACAAAAACACAACACCUUGGAUCCAUGGAUGGGAAUUCUGUGGCUACACAAGGGUCCCUGGACGAGGACUUGAACUCGCUCCUUUGUCUUGGCCACUUAGGUGCUCACAAGUAAACCGAACUGGGACAAGCCAGCUCAUUCCCCAGAUCACAAAGUGAGUCUCGGGGUGUCGGGGAGCGGGGCUGGCACUGGGCUGCAAAACGCCAAGAAGGCUAAGCAGGCACCAGAAGCUGAGAACCAGGAGACACGGAUCUCUCGGGGGCUCCAGAAAACCGUUCCCAAGGGGUCUCAGCCCAGAUGCACCAUGGCAACCCCGCAAGUCUUCUUUGCUGGGGUGGAUCACAGGCUGUGUUGAUGGCCACGACGCUCGACUCCGUAUCUCACCUGACUCCAAAGGGUCCAGGCUGGGGCCACUGGUUCCCACCUUUGCUCCCUAGUCCUCUGGGUUCCGGGCAGGCAUCGGGCCAACUCAGGUCAGGUUUCAGGACAAAAGCAAAACCUGACGGUAGCCUGGCCCGAAGCUGGGCCUUGUGGCCUGGUAGGCGGCUUGAGCUGGCUCAGGGAGAAUCCCACCUGUGUGAGUGAGGCUGACCCACGUGACUCACCACGCUAUGAGGGUGUGACCAGGUCAGGAGAGCCCUGACGCUAGGGUCCCCCAACCCUGAAAUGGGGCAGAGUUCUCGGGUUGGAUGGUGGAUGAUUGUAUUCAUGGUCCCAGUGAAUAGCAGGCAUAGCCCUGGCUCUCGGGGGGUGAGUGGAUUCCAGAUAACUCGCCCCACAGAUACACAGGCAGCCAUGGCGGUGAGCUGCUCGGUAAGAGAGGGUAAGAAAGGGACAGGGCGAUCUACUUGUGUGUGGAGAAUCAGGGAAACCGCUGGUUUGAGUAAACAAGGGCUAGGUCAGAGUUAAGCACGCAUGAGGAAGAAGGGCAGCGGGUUAGGGAGCACAGCGGGGAGGGCGCUUCCCUAGCAUGUGGCAGACCCAGGUUCAAGCCCAUAUGGUCCCCCAAGCACUGCCAGGAGUGAAUCCUGGGCAUUACCAGAUGUUGCUCAAAUCAAGAGGAGGAGGAGGAGGAGGAAGAAGAAUAAGAAGAGCAAGAGGCUGGGGACAGGGCUCGCUUCUGAGACUAGACUCCCUAGGACUAUUCUUGGGAGAAGCUGCCCUGACUGGGAAGGAUAAGACUCCUCGGAACAGUGUGCAACUGUUCCGAGCGUGGAACAGUUCCCAGCGUGGAGACGCCCCCAGGCGGUGACUGAAUUUGCAAACAUUCCUAGGACUGCAGGUCAGACUUAAAGGGGCCCUGAGGACUCUGGAGACAGCACAGUGGGCAAGCCACCUGCCUUGCAAGCAGCUGCUCCGGGUUUCAUCCCUGGCACCCCGUAUAGUCCCUGAGUCCUACCAGGAAUAAUCCCUGGGCACAGAGCCAGGAGUUAGUGCUGAGCACCUCCGGGUAUGGCCCCCAAACAAAACAAAGCAAAAGGUGCACAAGGAAAUUAUGCUCAAGGAAAAGCACUGAUUUAGACUGGCGAAGUGUUAAUGCUCUUGCCCCCUCUGUGACCGGGAACCCCCACCCUGCAUGGGCUAAAGCACCAGCAUCACUCCCCUCCCUAAAGGAAUAGUAUUGGGUGGAUACACACACAGACAGACACACAGACACACAUGCUCUCAAACCUCAAAGAACAUGAAGAAGUGAAGGAACCCAAUCUGAUAAGGCUAUAUAAGCAUGAAAACAUAAGUAUAUUUUCAACUUUAGGACAUUCUAAAAAGCCAAACUAUGUUUUGUUUGGCAGCCAUCUCUAGCAGUGCUCAGGGGUGUCACUCCUGUUCGGGGUGUCAGGGCUCAAACCCAGGCCUCCUGCAUGCAAAGCCUGUUGUAUUCUCUCUUCAGCCUAAAACCAAAUACAAAGUGGAGAGAUGAGUGGUUGCCAGAGGCCAGGGCAGGCGCAGGCCAUUGAGAGAGCAGCGGGUUGCAGAUUGGGGGAUACAAAGUCACAGCGACAUGUGUUUGUAACAAAGUAUGCUACUCCAAGUCACUCUGCGGGCUCUGGGGGCCUGAUGCAGGAGACUGUUGCCUCCUCGUGGGUAAAAAUGUAAAGACUGUAUCUUCCUCAGGCAGGAUGCUGAGAGUGAAAGAGGCAGGAGUUCCCUGCCUCCUCCAUUUUGUUGUAAAUUGGAAAUUUCUCCAAAAAAUAAAGUUUUUUUUUUAAAUCAAGAAAAGAGCUGUCAAGGUGCUCCAAGAGCUGGUGUAUGUGAGGGUCCCAAGUUCCAUCCCAUUCACAGCAUGGUCCCCAGGCACUAUUCCCCAACAGUACCCCAAAAAAUUAUAAUAGGGCCUGGGAGGUAGCUCAAAGGGUUGGAGCAUAUGCUUUGUAUGCAGGAUACCUGUGUUUGAUCCCUAUCCCCAGAGUAGGCCUGGCAAGUGACCCCUGAGCACUGAGCUAGGAGUAGUAUUUCUCCUCCAGUGCUGUCAAGAUGAUCGAAAAAUAAAACUCUUAAUAAUUUCAAGAGGACAUGAGAUGCUGCAGACACAGACGGAUUAACGGGCCACCAGAGCCUGAGGACUUUGUGUCUGCCUCACUAGCCAGGUCCUCCAGCCAACUGCUCUGGUCGGCCCUGCAGUCCUUGUGGCAUCCACCUCUUCCCACCUUCAUUCAUUCAACAAACAUGGUGGACUGAGCACCAACGAGGCACCAGGCAAUUUUAGGUCCAGGAAAUGCAGUGGAAAUUUUUGCCCUUUCAGAACUCUCAUCCUGAUGGUGAGAGACAGGAUUCACCCAUUUCAGAAAGAAUUAUAUAGGAGAUUAGAAAGGACGAAGGGCAAAACUAGGGACAGAUCACAGAGG